GCGACGAUCCUGGCCAUUGCAGCUUCAACCGAGGAUCCCGAAAUGGGGUCGGCAUCAAGUGCCGCCUUGACAGCCUUGCAGAAACACGCCGCUGUAGGCUCCGCGGAGAUCACCUCGGCUCCGGGUGCGCCAGAGCUGAGCAUCGUCGUCCAAUUCCGAGCCGGCGGUGACGGACAGCGAGAGCGCGUGUUGCGAGAGAUGAUCUUCAGCCUGGAGGACUUAGGCCUGGACAACGUCCGCGUCGCGCAAGCGGCUUCUCAGUCGCCCUUGCAGCGAGCGCAGGCGCGAAGGGCCUCGGAAGCCGUUGGCUGGCGCCGCUCGUUCCUGGGAGCCUUUGUGCUCACUUUGCCCAUCGUGCUCUUGAUGUGGGUGGUCGCCCCCAUGCCGGCUCUGAAACCCUAUUUGAUGCUGAAUGGCAUCGACAUCGCUGGUAUUGCAAUGUUCCUGUUGGCCACGCCCGUGCAGUUCGUCAGCGGUGGGGUUUUCUACCGGGAGACCUUCGAGGGCCUCAAGCACCGAAAGCUUGGCAUGUCCGCGAUGGUGGCUCUGGGCACAACAGCCGCUUACCUGUCCUCCUGUGCCCAGUUGCUCUGCAAGCUGCUCGCAAAGGAGGCAGCGGUCAUGAGCCUGGACUUUGACACCUCUUCCUUGCUCAUUGCCUUUGUGCUCCUGGGGAAGUGGCUGGAGUGCCGAGCGAAGGGCAGCACUGGUGACGCCAUCACCGCGUUGCUGUCUCUGCAGCCGCAGACUGCCCUCCUGGUACGGGAGGAUGGUUCCGGUCGCGAACGAUAUGUCGAUGCCAAGCUCCUCGUCAAGGGCGACCUUGUCCGAGUGCUUCCGGGAUCGAAGGCAGCAGAACACCGGUUUUAG